AUGUCAUUACCCUGGUACGUUCCUUUGGAAAAAGCGCCUAGUCUGAAGGAUGCAGAUAUAAAUGAACAGCCGUCUUUACUGAAACAUUAUUCUAACCUUAAAAUACACGAAUCUCCCAUUGAAGAGAUACAAAGCGGAUUGAUGUGUGACAUAGGUAUGAUGAAUCGAGAUGUAACUGUUAUACAAAGACUUAUAGCGUGUGGUAUGACUAUAGCCAAAUUAGAGUUAGUAGGUUUAGAAUCUGAUGAUUGCGCACAAUUGAUUCAAAGUAUAAGACAAGCUGUAUACAACUACAGUACGGAUCUUAACUACAUUUAUCCACUCGCUCUUUUAAUGAGUAUCCAAGGACCUACUAUUGAAACGGGUGAAUUGAAAGACGGCCCUAAAUCUGUAAUUGAAAUUCAUAAAAAUAAGACUAUCAGAUUGAGUACAGAACCCAGAUGGAAAAAUAGUGGAACAUGUGAAUGUCUAUACGUAAGGUACGAUCAUUUAACGAAGUUACAUCCCAGUGACAAAAUUUUCAUUGACAGUGUAGCUCCUGGAGAAAAAAUUCAACUGUCUGUAUUAGAAGUCGGUGAAUGUUCUGUAGAAUGUCGUGUCAAUAUUGGUGGUUUGAUUGGUUCAAAAAUGGCUGUUAGAAUUCCAAAAGUUCCAGAACAUUGCCAUUCAAUCAAUGACGAGGGCGAUAGUACGAGUAUUUAUACAAUAACAAGUAAUGAAAGUUCUGAAAAACCAAUUGAACAAAAAGAUCAAAUAGCAUGGGCUGUUGCUUCUGAUAUAGAUGCUCUAUUAAUACCAAGAUGUCAAUAUUCUAGUGAUGUGCGUCUUUUCAAAGAAUUAUUAUCAGAAAAUGGUAAACAUAUUCUCAUUUUUGCUAGUGUAGAAACUGUACGAGGUUUAGAUAAUAUUGAUGACAUACUUAAAGAAGCUGAUGGAAUAUUUCUUGAUCGUAAUAACCUCAGCACCGAUUUACCAAUUGAGAAAAUUUUUAUUGCUCAAAAAAUGAUUCUAGCAAAAUGUAAUUUAAUUGGUAAACCAUGCAUUUGCAAAGCUGUUAUAAAUGAACACAUACCUACGUUAUGCGUCAGUGAUAUUGCCAAUCUCAUAAUCGAUGGUGCAGAUGUAAUUUACUUGGAACUUAAUUUUUCUGAUUCUCCUUUAAAGAAACUUCGGCCAUCUCAUGAUUCUAACCGAAUUGCAACACAUUGUUUAGCGGCUGCGUCUGUGAUUUGUAAAGAAGCGGAACAUAUAUUAUGGAAGCCAAGUAUAUACGGUAAUUUAGAAUUAAUGCAAAGUCCUCUCAACGAGCCAUCGAAAGGGAUCUGCGUUAGUGCAGUUGAGCUUGCGAUGCGUUCGCGAGCAUCAGUUAUUCUAUGCAUGACCAAUUCUGGGCGAACAGCGAAAAUUCUCUCGUACGUAAAGCCACCUUGCCCAAUAGUAGCGGUUACGAGAACAUGUCAUGCUGCGAGACAAUUAAGAUUUUGGCGAGGUGUACGUGCAGUCCAUUGUUUCGAUGAGGUAAAAAGCAAUUGGAAUUCUGAAGUAGAAGCAAGAAUUCUAGUUGCGAUUGACUAUUGUAAAGCCAAGCGCAUUUUAUGCGCCGGUGACCCUUAUGUCGUUGUAACUGGUACUCGGCGCGGAGUUGGAUAUUGUGAUUCUAUAAGACUUCUUUAUGCGAGUGCAAGAAAUAUGGUCAUCGUAGAAUAG